AAUGGCGGCAGCAUCAGAGACAGUGAAGGUGGUAGUGUAGCGGAGUAUGGGACUGGCAGGAAGGUAGCCAUGCAGACGGUGCAGUCCUUGUCCCGACUCUGGGGUCUCGCUCAUACAUUUCAGCUGUGCCGAGCUCUUACUUCCCAAACACUAUCUUUUGAGGGCUUGUUGCCGGCCCCUCAUGUGUCACAUCGCCGAUUUCUAUCUACUGGAUCCCCCCUAUGUGCCAAGCCCCGGAACUUAAGCAAGGGCAAGAGAGAUGUGUCUGAGAAAAAGCUGACCCGUUAUUUUGUCGACCAUCGUAAAGUCCGCGUGGUGGGAGGAACCGGUGGAGAUGGGGCCUCCUGCUUCCAUAGUGAACCCAGGAAGGAGUUUGGAGGGCCAGAUGGGGGUGAUGGUGGAAAUGGAGGCCACGUGAUAUUUAGAGUGGAUCCUUGUGUGAAGUCUUUCUCUUCCAUCGCUCCAGUAUACCAAGGAUUUCAGGGCGAGUCUGGUCGUAGCAAAAAUUGUUAUGGAAAAUGUGGUGAGAUCUUAUACAUCAAGGUCCCCCUUGGAACACUUGUGAAGGAGGACGGAGUAACUCUUGCUGACCUCUCCACACCGGGGGAAGAGUUUGUUGCUGCUUAUGGAGGUGUUGGAGGAAAAGGAAACAGAUUCUUCCUCAGCAAUGAGAACCGAGCUCCAGUGACGGCCACGCCAGGUUCUCCUGGAGAAGAGCGGUGUCUCCAACUGGAGCUGAAGACCAUGGCUCAUGCUGGCCUGGUGGGGUUUCCUAAUGCUGGCAAGUCAUCUUUAUUGCGCCUUCUUACAAACGCCCGGCCCGCUGUCGCCGCCUAUCCCUUCACCACCCUCAAUCCUCAUGUCGGGGUGAUCAAUUACCAAGAUUAUGAGCAGAUAGCUGUGGCGGAUGUUCCAGGCAUCAUAGAAGGAGCUCAUCAGAACCGAGGUUUGGGCCUGUCUUUUCUCAGGCACAUUGAAAGGUGUCGGAUUCUACUCUACGUGCUGGACCUCACACACCCAGAGCCAUGGACCCAACUGAUCUCUUUACAGUACGAACUGGGUCAGUUUGACGAGAGUCUUCCGCUCCGUCCCCAUCUCAUUGUGGCCAACAAACUGGAUCUUCCCAAUGCCAGGAGGACCCUGGAGCUUUUGCAGAAGGAGGUAAAAGACAGGAUUAUCGCAGUGUCUGCCCUGACUGGGGAGAAUGCUGAAGAGCUUAUACUUCACCUUAGAGAGCUGUAUGAUGGACACAGGCCAGAAGGAAAAAGAGCUGGACCUUACACGGGCUGGUGAAGAAGUACCGCGGGAAGAAAUGAUGAAACUUUAUAAGAAAUGUGCCUGAGGUGGCCCAUGGACCUGCAUUUAGGAAGGAUUGGCCACGUCUGUAUCCACUUCAUUAGGGCUCAUGCACACGACUGUUGUUGGCCAGGUGCCUGUAUUGCGGCCCGCAAACAGCACGUCUGCAAUUUAUGGGCACCUGCUGUUUGUGCACCGCAUCAAGGAUGCAGACCCAUUCACUUGCUCUCGUGGGUUUUGUGUCCGUGCCUUGUUCCCGUUUUUUUUUGCCUUGUGGACGGAUCACAGACACAUUCAAUUUGAAUGGGUCUGCAUCGGUCUGCGCCAGCCACACGGACGGUGCCUGUGCAUUGAGGACCACAGAUGGCUUAGUCCUCUUUAUUCCUGUGAAUUUCUUUAACUUGUGCCUGUUAUUCUCUUCAUUUUCACUUAUAUACCUAAAUGUACCACAGGGUGGCGCUGUGGACUAAGGAAAACAUCUUUGGGGAAAACCAAAGCUGUAUUAACCACUAGGUGGCAGUAUGGCCAAUAUACAUUUUUAGCUGUUGUGUACCCUUUUUAGAGACUAAUAACGGCAAACCAAGCCUACUUAUCUCCCCCAGUGCACUGCAGAGUUACAGCAAUUAUCUGAAUGGUAGCAGUUCUCCUGAAAGCUAUUUGGAACACAUAAAAUGAUGAGUUCUGGGCAUUUUGCUUUUUCCUGCUGUAACAUAUCUGAAACUCUACAUAGUAGAUUGGUUUUAGCAGGACUGUGUAAUGAUGCAAGUGUCCCUGCGAGGUUAAUGCAGCAAGGAUUUUAUAGCGUUUUUAAUGUAGGUUUCCAAAUCCUACAUGAAAGGAAAUAAUAAUUGUGAUUCUUUCUUGCAAUACAAUAGUAACACUGUCAGGAAAUGCACUGAUUAUGGCUCCUGUUAAUUAUGUUCUGUUGCUUUGUUUCCUACUUAACUCUGCUGUGUCAUCUAGAGGCUCUUAUUCUUCAACCUUCCCUCACCCACUACUCCUGGCACUCAGUCGCAGUUAGGGCUCUUUCACACGAGCGGAUGCCGUGCGGGUAAUCUGCUGCGUGAAAGAGUGCCAAGCCCCGCUCCGGACAGC